GAGCGCACGAAGCCGGAAAUGUCUACAUGAUUUGAUUGCCAAACCAGAGUACAAGAUCCAUGAGGAUGCGAGUCAUAUUAAUGUUAUGCGCGCAUGCAUGCACUGUCAUCGCGGGAUCAAGAUACUUGAAGUUACUUCCUCCUAAUUUUAGCCCCCAAAACUCAACAUGGGCUUGGCUAACAUAUGAGACACCUGAAUUUCGCUCCUUACCGUGGCACUUCAACAGAACUGCGUUCCAGGCACCAUGGGAUACGCAAGCGUCCGAAGAUUCUCUCAAUGCAUUGAACGCGCAGCUUAACGAGACCGAGUUCAUCGCAUAUGAUGAAGCAUUCUUCGACUUGAUCGGUCCAGGUGUGUCUCUUGAACAUGUCCAAGAGAUGUCCCAGAUCAAUCACGAAGGCCCAUGUCUAACCCCUAACGGUGAACUAUUCUUCACAGAAUGGGGCCCGCCAGGAGGUGAUAAUGGUGUACACACAUUGCAAUACCUCCUCGAUACCAGGACCAACACUCUGCGCAACAUCAUGACCACCCCACCUCUGAUUAACCAUCACGGGUGCCACGCACGCGACGGCAAACUCUACGUCGUGAACGACGGUGGCGUUGCCGGGAACCUUGAUGCACCCGCUGAACUUGCCGUCAUCGACCCUCAAACCUGGGUCAAGACUUCACUACUGAAUCACUACUAUGAGCAACCAUUUGGGGCGCUGAAUGACAUUGCCAUGGACCCCGAAGGAAACUUUUACUUCACUGACAGCAAAUCUGGGUAUGGGAAAGCCGUCACUCCAUAUGCGCCCCCAACACGCCCACAGACGUAUUUCAUCAAUGGGACAACCCUCCGCCCGAAAGUCCUACAUGGGACAGAUCCAAGCACUGGAAAUACGAAUGGUGUGACAAUUUCGCCUGAUGGCAAGACGAUAUACAUGCAGGAAACAGGUGUAUCUGGGAGUCGACCAACGCGUCUCGAUCCAUACGCGCAGCGUAGUCUAUAUUCGUACGAUUUUUCUGUCUCUAAGAAGACAGGCAAGAAACUUCCUGUGCUAGAGAACAAGAGGUUAUUGAACGAGCCGCUUGCCUGGUACUAUGAUGGUAUUCAUGCGAGUAAGGAGGGGUAUCUGUUUGUGGGCGCGCGGGAGACGGUAGACGUAAUUGACCCGGAAACAGGACUUACAAUUGGAAGCAUUAGAAUGAAGGCUCCGAAUCUGGCGGUCAAUUUGGUGUUUGAGAAGAAUGGAAUUUGGAUUGUUGGAGUAGGGGGUGUGUUUCAUGUUAGCAAUGUCGCUGCAGAUCUGAUUUAGACAGAUAGAAAAAGAGGUGAGAUUGAAACGUCAGAAAGUAAUCGAUCUAUGCACAUCCGAGAAUUGUUAGUCUCGUGUUUAUAAGAGUUAUUGGGUGUUAACAACUUAAACGAUAGCACUAGCCAUGGA